CUAGUCAGAAAGCAAUAUUUAAUCAAAAUGGCUUCUAAAGUGACCGAGAAAGCCUUGAAUCUAAUAAAAAGUUUGCCAAGGGUAGCGAUAAGCAAUGUAAAAGAUCUACCUGGCACAUUAUACGUAAGGAAAACACUAUUUAUAAUUGAAAAUAAUCGCUUCCAUUUGUAAAAACGGAGAAGCAUGUCCAUUUUUAACUCUUCUCUUAUUAGUAAUCAGCCUUUUAUUAAGGGAAGACCUGAGGGCGAGGGUUAUUCCCAGCUGACUGCGUAUAACUCUCAGGGUUAUACGCAGUCGGCUGGGAAUUUAGCCAAAUAAGGUUUAUUAUCGCUAGUUUGGCAAUAAUUUAAAAAAAAGUAUUAUGCAUAAUUAGCCGCAUUAUGGAUUGUUUUGAACUAUAACUUUUAAUGUGUUUAACUUAAAAGUUUAAUUGAAUUAAUUUUAAUUAAUAUUGAAUGAUAGUAGUAUUAGUAAGUAUUAGUAGUAUUAUUAUUAGUGCUAUUAUUAGUAUUAUUGCUUGUAUCUUAUAUAUAUUAUAAUUAUAAGUCAAAGUCUACAUUUCUUAGAGCCUAAGCCUAAGAAGAUGAUUUUUUUUUAAGGCAUUUCCAUGGUCUAAGUCUAGUUCUGUAUUCUGAUUGAUUAGGUUUUUAUAUGUUGCUAUGACCAUGUGGUUGGUAUUACGGACUAAUUCAGGAAACACAUUCUAUUUAUUUAUUUUUUUAAAUUAUAUCAUUUAUGAUUUUUUUUUUGGUGACCUAAAUGUAACAGUUUUCAGCUUCCAUGCAAAACUAUAACUGUGUGAAAGUAUUACUUACAGUGCCCCCUCUACAGAACCCCCUGCCCCUACAGCUAAUUUUUACUGCUACUCUCCACCCCUGAUUAUAAUUACUGUAGCAGAGAAACAUUAUUUUAUAUACCACAAAAUUAGUUCAAAACACAAAAUAUAUAUUUGAUAAUUAUAAGAAUAACAUUAUUAACAUUACAUUGGUCAAGUUAAUAAUUCUUAUCAUGUUUUAACAAUUUUUAGCCAAAACAAAAUAAAACAACAAGCCUAACUGUUUUUUGCUUCAUUCUCGAGAACAAACAUAACAACUAACACGUAUUCAUUCAUGGCUGGCCUUUGGCUGGAAUUGAACACAAGUCCACCAACUUGAGGUUUGCUCAGUUUAUACCAUUCGACCACCCAGUCACCCUGAUGACGUAGCACCUUUAUCAAUUGAUAGUGUAACACAGGAAGAAUAUAGACCUCACGUGACUUGCCGACUGCGUAUAACUCUCAGGGUUAUAUGCAGUCGGCUGCGCAUAACCACUUCGUUUUAUUAAUAUUUCAACUUGAACUUCACAGCCACAACUGACUUUAACAGAGCAGAUGAGAUGCCGAUGAUAACCUUAUUUCUAAUACGGCAAUUGUCCUUCUGACUAAGCUUCUCAUCUAUUCCUACCUUUGUAGUACUUAGUACUACUACUUAUUUACAAGGUGGAACUACUUUAAAACACUUCAAUAGUUUAAAAAAACAAUUAUUGAAUUAUGCAAUGUUUUCGGAUAAGUCUGAAGACUGAUACGUUUAACAAAAAAAUGUAGUUUACAUUAUUAUUUACUAUACUUAAAAGUUUUCUGUGAUUUCGUUAUUAAAAUGGGGACUUCCACUUUUUAAUUUACAGAGAGUCUAGUUAUUUUUUAUUUUUUUGCACUGGAUGUACAUUCUAAAAUUAUCUAUUAUCGAUAGACGUUUUUUUUAAAUCUAGCUACUAGCAUAUUACUAUUACUAGGGACCUCGGUAUGAUCCGCGAAGUGCCGAAAACCGGGUAUCAUGAUUUCAUUGUCAAAAUGGUGACCUCCACUUUUUAAUUUACCGAGGGUAGCGAUGUUUCAGAUUCUUUUUGCUAAAGUUAGUUUUGUUAAUAAAUUUUACUGCCACCCUCAACUUAAAGCAGACAUGUUUGUUGUUCAUUUGACACUUUUGACAAUUAAUGGUAAAUAAAGCAAAUUAUCUUAUUCAUAAUUUUUUUAUGGAAAAUAUAAGUUUCAAAAAAAAAUAUACCAAUGUUAGAUAAAGGCAUAAAUGACAACAUAUCCAAAAAUUCGUGAGGUUAGGACCUGUGCAUGGGUGAGAAAUUUUUGCACAAAAUUUUUGUCACGUGUACCAAAAUUACCUAUUAUGGAUAAUUGACAUUUUUGUAGUAAGUAACUUGAUUUACACUGGAAAUACAGCAUAUUACCCACUAAUAACAUUUUAAAACAAAGCAACAAUUUAACAGCACCAGUACUUUUUAUCUCAUGCUUUUAUUUUGAGUGGGGGAGUGGGAUGAAUAUCCCUAGCCUUAUUGUUAUUACAACUAAAAGUAUAUAAUAUAUAUAUAUAUAUAUAUAUAUAUAUAUAUAUAUAUCCAUCCUAUGCCUAGUAUAGUAUAGCCUAUAGUAUAAACAAGAACAAAGUACAGAAGCUCUUCAUUCCUGCCGAAGACAAUAGGGGACUGGAACAAGCUUCCAAAAGCAACAGUUGAGGCGGCUACACUCGAUACAUUUGUGUCUAUUGCCUCCUGUAUUCCAACCCCCAGUUCAUAACACCACUGCUGAGUCGCCCUUGCAACCAGUGAAGUAUCCCAUUGAAACCCAUGGACAGUAACAUCGCAAACCCCUCUGAAACAUAGGAGCCAGAAUGAUCAAUUCAUUGAUCGUGGGCCCUUAAAAUAAAGAAGAAGAAGAAGAAGUAUAGGCCUAGCAACAUCCCAACUUAUUAUUGCAGGACCUAUUAAUAAACUAUUAUAAUUAUGAAAUUUUAAAUUUUUAAAAUAAAAAUGUUUUAAAAAAUAUUCACUUACCUUUGAUAUUGAAAUAUCCUGUAUUCACUCACAAAUCACAAUAUACCACAAGAAAAUUAUAUAAUUCUCAGUAUUCUUCAAGAAAUAACACACUUUCUGAUACAAUAAUCCAAGAAUUUCUUAAGAUAUUACUGAAGAACAAUCAUAAAAGCUUGUACUUACCUCAAGCAAAUUACCAGAACUUAUUUUAAUUGCUAUCAACAUCCAAAGUUGAUAUAUGUUGAUUUGUGAAACAAGAUUACUAAAUUUUUUUUGGUCAUAUUCAAAUAGGACUAAAAUACAUACAUAGAAAAUGGUAAAAUAAAAAGUAUAAUCGUCAAUUUGUAUUUAAGUGAAUCAAAUAAUCCCUGUAUUAUUUGUUUAUACUGAUAAAUGUUAAACAAUUUCACAGAAAAUGUAAAAUUAAUACCUGAAGAACAUUAUUAUUAUUAUUAAAUAAGGGACAUUUUUAAAAUUUCUAUUUAAAUAUAUUAAUUAAUUAAUACAAAUAAGUGACGAGUCAGCAUAUUUUAUUCAUUUUAAUAAGGAAAAUUAUCAAGAUUAAAAAUAUUUUUUUGUGGAAUAUUAACAAAAACUAAAAUUGUAUUUUGUGACUUUAUUUAGAAGAACUAAUAUUUAACUGUGUUCUCUGAAAAUAUUAUAUUUUUGUCUCAUUUUAUAACAAAGUUAUAGGCAUACAAACAAUAGCAAUAUGAGGGUGACGAAAUGUGGAGGAAAAUCCUAAAGUGAAAAAGUGCUUUUGAGGUCCUUACUAAAAAAUUCAUAACUUUUGUACCGUUUGAGCGAGAAAGUUGAUCUUGGUGUUUUUUGUAAAUUAUUCUAUGUGCUCUAUACAACUGUAUUAUUUUUAUAUUUUUAAAAAUGUUUUGAAAUUUUGAUCAAAGUGCCUAGUAUUACUAUUACCCAAUAAAAACUCAUUUUAACUCUUUUGAUGCGGAACAAUGCACACUGCGUUCAUCCGCCGUUCUCAAAAGCAUGGAUCAACACGCUGUGUGUUGUUUCAAUAUCAUGUUUGUUUCUUUGCUAUAUCUCGGUUAAACUUUUUAAGAGCUAUUUUUACAUAAGUUAUCCUUUGUAUAGUGACAAAAGAGAUUUUGUUAACAAAAUGUUGUUGAGAGAAAAAUUACGUAUCCGAAACAAAGAUUCUGAUCCUUUACAGAUUCUUAAGCAUAUAUUCUAAAGAAAGAACUAUGUCAUACAAUUAUUUUCUUGUAAAAUCCAUGUUGCCUUCCUUUUGUGUUCUUUUGAUACGUACUUCCGGCUGCAACAAGAUGGCGGAGAAAAAAAAUUCAAAAGAACACAAAAGGAAGGAACAUGGAAACCAUUCUGUAGGCUCUAUACAGCUGUAGUAUUUUAAUAUUUAAAAAAAAAAUUUUCAUCAAAGUGCCUAUAUAAUAUUAUAAUAUAACUUUGUGUUAUAUUUUCAAUGGCAGUGUCAAGGUUUUUAAAAGUAUUUUUAAUUUCUGAUUUCUCCUUGUAUAUCCUACCACAUCAUAGUGGUGCAAUGAAUAACAAAAGAUGCAUGGAGGGUACUUUUUAAGUUUUUUUUAUCUCAUACAAUAUGUUUAAUAGUGUUUUUUGUGUAACAAAAUGAAGUAUAAAACUAGGGAUUCCAGGUUUCCCCAGACAUGUUCUUUUUAAUUCCCCGGUCUGGGCGGCUCUCCACAAAUAUGGCUUUUGUCUGGGUUUUUCCCCUGUCCAUCUCUGAUUGAUACCUUCUUACUUACUUUUCCAUGUUAAAUACUAUUCUGUUCUGUGAACUAAACAACCGUGCAAGCAAUAUUUUUUUCAAUGGUACCAGUAAGAGUUACAAAGAUAACCACAAAAACUUCAGGUUCCAGUAGCCAUUUUUGUAAUUAUACUGCAUAACGAUAAAGUAAAUUCAUGAUAAUGGAUAAAUAAUUAAUUUUUCAAGUUAAAUUUUUAAAAAUGCAGAAACAGAAGUAUUUAUCUACAGACGCACUGAAAGCCCAAUAGCCAGGUUUUCAUGCAGGUGGAAAUGACUGGGCAGCUAACUGUUUGACAUGAGGCAGUGGAACUUAUAUCUCCAUUGCUAAUAUGGGUGCACUGUAUUUAAUUGCGCUUGUCAAAACUCUGCAGAAUUUUAAGAGUGUCCUCGGAGAAACUUCAUCUACCAAAGCUACCAAAUUUUUCAUAACACCAGGUUUGAAAAGUGAUGAAACUGUUCCAGCAGCUGAAGGCAUAUUGUGUUUCACGUUGUCAGGCACCAUCACAGCCAGAAAUUAAUGGACUGCAGAUGUCACUUAUUAAAAACAAUUUUACCUGAUUCUGAUAUUGCAUGCAAAAAUCAGUCAGUGUAAUGUAAUGUGAAGUGAUGAACACUCACUUAAUAAAAUUUAUAAUUGAAAUUAUUUACCAAAAAAACAAUAUUUCAUGCAGUUAAAAUUUAAAUUUAUUUGUACAACACUUAACUUUAGCAUAGCUAUAGGAGCCAGCUACGGUUUGGUACCAUUUGCUCUAAAUUUGAACUUAAUAUGCUAAAAUAAGAAAUUAUUAGCAUAUAGUUAUAUAGAGCAAACUUUAAAUUAGAAAAUGAAACCAAAAUCAAAUAACUGGGUUUAAGGGCAGUCCAUUAAUUAUGUCAACAAAAUAGGGAGGGUGGAGUUUGACAAUUGUCGACAAGAUGGAGAGGGUUCAACAGAAAGGGAUAUCAACAAUUGUAUUUCUCUUUGAUUAUAUUUUAUAUGUUUGGCAUCUAUCUGUCAUGAGGCAAUGAUUGUGUAGACUUUGCAGGACAUAAUCACAAGGCCUAGGAUUUUUCUUCAGAAGGAUAAUCUGGUUCCCUAGUCAGCAAAUCAUCUCUCUCGAUGCAUCAGGUGAACCCAAACAACAUCAUUUGUAGAUGAUAUAGCUUGGCACCAGUAGUGUCAUAGGAGUUGUCAAAUGUUUGAGUUAAUGUCAUACCGCCUACUGUACUCCAUCUCCGGGUUCGAAUUCAGUGUUUUCCUUCUCUUAGACAAGUUGCCAUCCAAGGUUAACCAGUCCCAUCCACCUGGGGUCCUGGAUAUCUUUUUUUUGUGUGGCUUGUCUAAGUUUUUUCUGGGGAUUGAACUCCAAUCAACUAGUUUGGAAUUGAUGCAAUUUAGACUGCACAUAAUCCUUAAUAGGCCUCCAAAAUUUGUUGUUAAUUUUAAUGGCUUUAAAAUUUCGUAUAAUAUUAUCAUUAGGUGGUUUUAAAUAGCACAGUACCCCAGCCUAUGGCUAGGCUCACAGUGCUUCACAUAAAAAUUAUCAAUUACAGAAACUUACACAUUUAAAAACAGCUAUUGGUAAAAAAGCUUGACCUCACCCACCCAAGUACUAUCUACCUUUGUCUAGCCAUGAACAGCACCCAUUAGAAAUGAGUGUUAAAUAUCAAUCAGAGGGGGUUGAGAAUGAGUCUGUAUAGUACAGUUUAAAGAGAGGGGUCUUGAGGGCAGUUUUGGAGACUGUGAUGGUCGUUAUAUUGCGGAUGUGUAAUGGGAGAAAAUUCCAUUGUUUUGGGACACAGAAAGAGAAAGAUGGUUCACCAUAUGUUUUAUUGCUUGUUCUGGGAACAGGAAGAAUAUGCAUGUCUGUGGAGGCAUGAAGCUUUGGAAGGGGUGAAUAGAUAGUAAGAAGUUCAGUAUGAUAUGAAGGGUAGGAACCAGAGAACAGACAGCUUGUAAUCAAUAAUGUGUUAUUGGGCCUAAGAAAUUACCAACUGCUCCUUCAAAAAAAAAAAAAAUAAUAAGAUGUGGUUGAUGAAAGACAUGGAGAGGUGAUAGCAAUUAUUGCACAAAGAGAAAAUACUGGUUAGACUAGACAAGGAUGAUGUCAUCCAGUUCCAUGAUAAUAUUAAUUUGGACAUAAUAAAUUAUUAAGUUAAUAAGCAUAAUAAAUAAUUAAGUUACUAAUUCUAUUUUCCUCACCUACGUGAAGAUAUAAAAUGAAAUAAUAUUUAGACAUUUUCAAUUCUUUAAUGAAUUCUGCAAAAUAAAAUUCACUCUAGUCAUAGAUUGUUACAAAUGUAAAAUUUGUUAAAGAAGAUGUUAAAAAUGUAAUAAAUUUGUUGUAGUCCACCAAUUUGUAUAUCUUAAGGAUGAAAAAAUAUCAGUAUUUAAUAAUUUAUUUUCUUUGGGAUGAGGAGGUUAAACAAUUGUUAACAUAAUUAAUGGGGCGGGGGGGGGGGGGUUGUCUUUGAAAUAUGUAGUUGGGGGGGGGAAAGGGGUUCAAAAAUUGCUUAAAAAUUGUGGACGGCCCCUUAAUUAUUAAUAGUUAUUUUAUAAUGCUGACACUGCCUUGUUUUUUUCUUUUUUUUUUAUUUUCAUUUUAUAAAUACUAAUGUAAACCAUUGAAAUUACUUCUUUAAUACCUGUUGAUUGGUGUUUUAACAUACAUAAAAUAUGUAUGUUAUUCUGAAAAAAACAUAAUGAUAGGAAUGACAACUUAAAAUAUUAUUUUCCAGUUUUAGUCCUAGCUGCUUCUAUUUUAUGUUAAAUUAAAUUGAACUCGGUAUAACAGUAGUCCUAACAGUGGUAGGAACUGGAAGACAAUUAUUUGUAUAUAUUAUCAAUACAUCUUUGAUAAUUAAUUUUGUUACUGUCAUACUUUUAAAUUGAAUGUCCUUUUAAAUGUUUUAUUUGCAAUUUGUGGUUUAUUUUUUUUAUCAGAAAAAAAAAACUAACAGGAGUGCUGGUAGAAAGAAAAAAGGAAGAGGUGACAAAGGACAGGGAGCACGUGGUACAUUGGAUCCACUUGGUUAUGAAGGAGGACAGCGGCCUCUUAUUGAUGCUGUUCCUUCUGAGAAAUAUUAUGGAAAAUAUGCGUAAGAUUUUCAAUGCACAUUAUAACAUGAAAAGUGAUUAAUUACAGGUAUUCCUCACUGAAUCUAGUCUCACCUUACAUUAUUUUAUCAGCAAUGUUGUUUCCACAUUGGAAUCAGUCUAUUUGGCUGAGAUGAAUUAGGGCAUAAAAUACAGAAAAAAUAUAUAACACUAAAAGGGAAUUUUUAAAAGCUAUGAACCUAAUGUGGGCUCCAUCAACAUUGAUGAAGUUAACGAAAUUUCUGACUGAACUUUAACAAGCAGAAGAAAGCAAACAAAGAAAAUCAAGGAUAUUCAUACAGUUCAGUGCAAGGAGUCCUGGAUGGUUUGAGUAAUUCAUAAUGUCAUAGAUUUUAUAACUUGCAGCGGAUAAUGCUGUCAGCGUUAUAAGUAGAUUAUAUGCCAAGCAGGUCCUCAAACCUUGCUGAAAACCUAGCAGCAGAAUGUUUCCAUCAAUCUAAGAGAAAAAAUCCAUAGGUUCAAAGGUUUUUUUUGUUUUUUUUAUUACUGGUAAUCUCAUACAUGUUGAUAUGAAUCAACCUGCACCUUGUUUUCUGAGAACAAACUAAUAGUGUAAUGUGAGAGAGAUCUGUAAUAAAUGUUACAUUCUCAUUGGGGUCAUUUGAAACUUUAAAAAAUAAUUGAUAUAUUAAUAAUUUUAAUUUUUAAGCCCAGCCAACGUAUUAUAAUUGUCUUCUUUUAUUUAAUUCCUUCAAUUGAAUUUUUGUAUAUUUUCCUGUGUUGAACAGAAUCAGACGCCAGUAUCCACCAAUCAGUCUUCUUGAAAUCCAGAGACUUAUAGACCUAAACAGAGUUGAUGUCACAAGACCCAUUGAUGUUUCCAGCAUAUGUAAUACAAGACUCUACAGCCUGGAUGUAGCCAAGAAUCAUUUUGGCUUUAAUGUGACUGAAGAAGUAAAAUAUUUUUAAUUAAAUUAUUGUUCUGUAGUAUUAGUUGUGUAAUUUUUCUGGCCAAGGAACUGCUGAAUCAGGCGCUAUUAUUGUGACAUUAGUGUUAUAAUUAUUGACUAAUGGAUUUUUUAUUUUUUAUAGGGAUGUGAUUUAUUUGCUUCAAAAGUAAACCUAGAAGUUCAAUGGGUGACUGAACUAGUUAUUGCUGCCAUAGAGAAAAAUGGAGGAACCAUAACAACACGUUACUAUGACCCCCAGUGCUUGGCUGCACUCUUUGACACGCAGGCUUUUUUUGAGAAAGGUCAGCCCAUUCCUAAGUGCAAACUCCCUCCUCAGGUAUUGUAUAAUUUAUUUAUGGAAUUAAAUCAUUAUUUUCCUUUUACAAUUUUUUUUUCUUAAUACUCAAUUUUAUUUCAAAAGCUCUUUGUUUUGAUUUUGUAGCGUAUAUUUAUCAAUAAGUACUCAAUAGUAUAAUUUAAAGUUCUCUUCUUAGCAGCUUAACCUACCCGAUAUAUAUCAGAAAUGUCUUUAUAAAAUAAGUCUGGUAAGACAUUUGAUCUUGCAAAGGAUGGUAAGACCUAAUUUCAUUAUACUCCAUUCUGUGAUUUUUAUUAUACAAAGGGAGAGGAUAUGUUUAUAAGUACGUGAAUUUUUAAAGUGUUAAAAUGUCAAUUUAUAUUUCAAAUAUUUUUAAUUAUGUAUUUAUUUUAUUGUCAUUUAGGAUGCUUUGGCAUAUUAUUCUGAUCCAAACUUUCGUGGAUACUUGGCUGACCCAGAAAAAAUUUUGAUGGCACGUGAGAAAUUAGCACAGAAAUAUGGCUAUAAGCUGCCUGAUUUAACUGAUGAUCCUCUCAAAGAUCUGUUACUGAUGAGGAAAGAUCCCUUACAAAUAUUUUAUGGCCUCGAACCAGGCUGGAUUGUUAAUUUAGCCGACAAGUGCAUUUUGAAGCCUAAAGAUGAGGACUAUUUGCGAUAUUAUUCAAAUGUUUAUUAGUUAAAAUUAAAAAUGUGUGAUGAGACUGACAAUGAAUUCUAACAUGUUCUGACUUUGCCUCAUAAUGCCUUCAGUAUUUAAGUUAACCAUCAUGUUAGAAUUGUUUCCAAAGAAGAUAAGGGUUCAUCCAUCCAUAGAUAACGAGGCGGGGGUGGUGGUGUUCCCAUGUGGAAAAUUUGACUUCUAUGUCUACAUAAUAAAUGGAUGCCCCUAAUAAAAGACAAAUGACAUUAAGAUUAUCCUGUCUCACAUAGACCAUAAAGAAAAAAUUUGCUCCCCCCCCCCCCAAAUUAAGUUAACCUAAAAAAAGAACUCAAAAGUUAAGUUGAAAAAAUACAAAAAAACUAAUAAAAGACAAAUGACAUUAAGAUUAUCCUGUCUCACAUAGGCCAUAAAGAAAAAAUUUGCUCCCCCCCCCCCCAAAUUAAGUUAACCUAGAAAAAGAACUCAAAAGUUUAGUUGAAGAAAUACAAAAUAACGACCAAAUUUAAGUGUGCAGAUUUAAUUUUCAUAACAUUUGUUAAUGGAGUUAUGUGGACAUGACUCAUUUCAACAUGUGAAUAACCAUACAUUAUUACAACUAAUAAAUUCAUCUGUUCUUCAAACAAAUGGCUUUAAAAUUUUUAAUGGGUUUUUUAAAGACAAAAUUUACAUAACUCCAGUUCCUUAAUUUGUUUUGAACAAUACAGUUUUUUUUAAAAAUUGAUAUAAAAAACAGAUGAAAACUAAACCACUGACAAAAACCUACAACAAGUAUUAUCUGUGUAGUUUUAUAUUUUUGUCUGAAAUAAACAGUUCAUGGAGGUGCUUGCCACUGACAUUAGUUUUAGGCUUUUGAUUGAAAAUGGACACUAAACACUAUACAUUAUUUCAAUAUAUUUCCAUGGCGCAUUAGUUAACUUGACAAUUCCACGAACUUUAUAACAUAUAUGCGAACUUUAACAAUGAAAUUGUAUUAUAUGUUUGUCAAAAUGUGUAAAUGUUUAUGAUGAAAUCAAGCAGAUUCUGAUUACCUUUUAACUACAAAGCUUCAUGCCAGUGAUCAUAUAAAUAAAGUAUAGAAAACGCAGGUAAAAUGUGCUAACAAGAGAGGUCAAUGAAAUCAUGCUAUGAUAUUUCCAUUCAUUAUGCAAACAGCCAUGCAACAUUAAAUUGUAAAACUGAUGCUGAUUUUAGUUGCUAAAAUUUUGAACUAGCCAUUGGCAUAUUUAUUUUUAAAUUUCGACCCUGCUAAGGUGAACCUUUUAUUCAUUUUUAUUUAUAUAUUUCUGCGAAAACAAAGUACCAAGUAAAGGGGAUAAUGGCAGUUGGAAAGAAAUUAUCAACUGUAUGUGACAUUAGGUGAAGAUAUUUCAGAGGUACCCUUGCAUUAUAAUUCGGUCAUUCAUAUUGUCAAUUUAUGAAGUUCAAGUACAUUGAUUUUAGAAGUUGGCAUUAACAUUUACAUUCACAGUAUGAAAGGUUUCUUUUUAAUAAGAUUGUUACUACCAGUAUUUUCAAUAUUUUCUUUAAACAAUACAUUUUAAAAAGUUCAAGUAAUUGAGGGAAGAGAAAUAGUAUUAAGUUUUAAGAAUAAAGUAAAGUGAAAUUAUAUUUUAUCAAAUUUAAAUUUAUGAGUGCAAUUGAUUCAAUUAACAGUGAAAUUUAGUGAGUUUAUAUAUUUUUCAUUUAUUUUUAAACCCCAAAAACAUGCUUCACUUUUAGAACAAUCAUGAAGGCAUAAAUUACCCAUAGUAUGACACCUCUUUUCUUAUUUAUAUUUCAACUAUCAAUCAUAUAACUAUAACUAUUUGAGGCUUGUCAAUUCACUCACAACAUUUAAUUGCAUAUGCAGGCCUAAUGUAAGUGACUGAGAAAUAGCUCUACAACAAUAUGGAAAAACUUUAGUUUUAUAAAAAGCUGGAGAGCAAAUGAUACAUACCUUCAGAAACAAAUAUCAAGCAUACUCUGAAUCAAACAUGAGUCUCAACCUCAAUAUAUCUCACAAACAGUGAUAUAUAUUAUAUCAAUCCCAUUUUAAAUAACCCACAUUUAUUAAAACGAAGAUGAAAAAAAACUGAAUUGUAAGUAUUUCAGAAACAAGUUACGUUCUUGACAAUAAGAACAAAUAAUUUCAUUUUAAAAAAAGUGGAAGUUAUAAUUAUAAUAAACCUUCGUUCUUUACUUAAAUUUUUCAUUGAAAAACAAUAAACAUUAUUAAGCUAAUUGUAAAAAAGAAUUAAGGAAGCUUCUAAAAGUAUAAAAAUUUUAUUGAUAAUUUAAUGUAUGGUAUAUUGUUAUAAGUUGAGAAUCUCCAAACACCUGAAAGACCUGGAAUCGUUGGCUUCCUAAAGUACGGUACCCAAAUUAAGUUAACAAAGUUUUGUGCACAGAUAUAAACUGGCACACAGAAAUAAUUUAUUUAGUAUAUUGACACAGUAGGUAUAUAGGCAAGGAAUCAAGAUGCACAAAAAUUGGGUUUGCCCAGAGCGCAAAAGAUUUCUUAAACAGCUAUAAGCUUAUGUUGAUACUAGAUCAGAAUAAAACUAAAUGAGCAUCUGCCUUCUUUUUUCUUUUUAACCUAUUUACUAAUGACCUUUAUAAUUAUUUUGGAGGUUGGUUGAAUUUUUUAAUAAUGUACAACAAUGCAGAAAAAAAAUAUUUUUUUAUAACUAUAAUCGAAAUAAUAUAAAUGGUUGAAGAUGAAGGUGGUUGACAUGGCAGGCAUUAUGAUUAUGAGACUCAAUCUAAACUUUUACUUUAGUUGGGAGAUUUUUGUUAAAAUAUCUUCUUACCAUUAGGAUAGUAUUUCAAAAAUUAAAUUUCAAUAAUGCUUAAACUAUUUAUAAUGUUGAUAUAAGGGGUCAAAGCUUUUCAAGUCUUCUUAAUUAAAUAGAAUUAUUAUUAUAAAAAGGAUUCUGUCCUCUAGUCUGAAAGCCAUCAAGAUCAGUGGUUCUCAACCUAAGGUCAAUGAUAAACUGUUUUGUGGUCCUCAGAUUAAUCCAGAAAUUUAAAAAAAAUCAUAUUUCACUUUAUAAACUUGACAUAGAUCUUUAGUUUAAGCAUGAGAAAAUGUGUCAAUAUUAUUUUUAUUACAAAAAUCCACACAAUUAUGCUAGCCACUAUUAUUAAACCAGCAUUUAUACACUUUGUCUUAUAUUUUUCCUUAAAGUUGCUCCACACUAAAAACUGUCUUGGUUUCUUUAAAUUUAUAAUUGAUUUCACAUACUUUUUUUAAAAAAUGUUUUAAAAUAAAAUAUUUUGACAAAAUGUGCUGCUUAGUGGCUUUUACUCAGUUUUGGAAGGGUAUCAAGUAAAUCUAAUACUGAGGUCCAAAACAUUUGAGAACC